AUGCCCUUGUCUCUCAAACCUAGGUCCGAAGCACCGACUACCGUUAAAACUCCUCAAACUGCCUUACUCGAACCCCUUCUCUUCAGCCCUGUUUCUCCGUUGUCGGCCUUUUCUACCUUCGAGUAAAGGGACGCUGCCAAAAGGUCGCCUGACGCCACCGACGCCGGAGCCGGGUGGUUUAGCUAUCAAGGUUAAUGAUACAGUUGGGGAGGAUUCACUUCUGAGGGUCUCUUUUCCUAAUGGGCUCUCCUGAACGAGUAAGAAGUUCAGGAAAGAAGGACAUAGAGGUUGAUCCAGAUGUAAAGACGGACAGGUUCAGGGAAGAUGAUGACUGGGAAGGUGAUGAUAAGAGAAAGCACAGGUCAAGCAAGUCAAGAAAGCCUGGAACUUUGGAAGAUGCUGAGGGAAUAGAUAGUGGUGGUAGAAAGAAAAGUGCCGGGGACAGAACUGAGAGCCGAAAGAGAUCAGGUGGUUCAAGCAGAGCUGAUAGUGAUGAGGAUGACUAUGAAACAAGGAAGGAGUCACGUACUCGGCAUAUGAAGAAGAAAAUAGAGGACAACACAUUGGAGAAACUGAGCAAUUGGUAUGAAGAAGGAGAAGGUGAAAUCAAGUAUGACAGUGGAUAUAAAGGACAUGGUCGAGUUGAUGACAGUGAAAGAAAGAGAUUGACUUCAAAGUUCUCAGAUCAUGAGAUCUCCCAGGUCAGAGCUAAAGACAAAGAUGAAGCAGUGUUAGAUGGUAACCCUGAAAAGGCGCUAGAUAGAGAAUCUAGAUUUUCUGAAAGAAGGGAAAGUAGUAGAGAGAAGGGUCAUGGUUCUUCUGAGCAUGGGAAAAACUCAAGGAGAAAGUGGGAUGACUCAGAUGUCUUCUGGAAAGAUGAAGAUGGAAACUACACUGAAAAAUCUGAUAUAAGAAGUGGGAAGCUGACUGAGUCUAGGAUUGAGAUUGUUAGAGACAGAAGUGAUAGCAUGAAAUUUGAUCUGAGUGAGAGCAAAAUCAGAGAAUUUGACUCAGACGGUGACAAAGGCAUUAAAGCUCAGGAUAAGGAGGACAGAAGAUCUGAGUUUGAAAGGAAUAAGAGGGACAGGUUGGAAGUUUUAGAGGAGGACCUGAAAGGAAGCUCGUCGAUGCGGUCGAGCAAGGAGAGAAAUGAGGAGCAUAGACACCCAAGAAAUCCGGCUGGUAGGGAAAUUGUUGACAGUCGUGAGAGGUCUUUAAACGCAGAUGAGGAUGGCAAUGCAUGGAUGAGAGACAAGAACAGGAGGGAAAUAGAUACUUCCAACAGGUCAAGGACACCUGAGCGGAGUGGAAGACGUCAAUAUGAACCAGACAACUUUGAUAUGGAUUAUGAGCGAAGCACUUCUUUUAGGAGGAAGGAACAAGAGAGAGAUAACUAUAGAGAUGAUAGGUCUAAAGGAAGAGAUGAAAGUUGGACUGAUAGGAGCAGGGAUCGCGAGGGCUCUAGAGAUGCUUGGAAAAGAAGGCAACCUAAUAGCACUGAAAAGGAAAUAAGGGAUAUUGAUACAGCUUAUGAUCAUGGUAGAGAGUGGGAUUUUCCUAGACGUGGUCGGAUUGACCAUGAUAGGCCUCAAGGUCGUUCUGGUGGUAGGAAAGACGGAAGCAGGACUGAAGCAGUGAAAACCUCUUCCAAGUAUGGAAUUUCGAAUGAGAAUUAUGAUGUCAUAGAGAUCCAAACCAAACCAUUCGAUUAUGGAAGGGAGGAAUCUAAAUCCCUCCUUUCCAGAAGCAAUGAACUGGGUCAGCAAUCUGAUACAUUGGCUCCAAAUGGUGAGGAGAAUGCUUAUUCUAGGGAGGAAAGAUCUAGGAAUUCAUAUGCAUCUAUGCAAUCUGGUGAGGAUUCAAAGGAUAGAUUCACAGAUGGGGGCUUUUCUGGGCAAGACCAGAAUUUAUGGAGGGAUGACAAUGACUUUGCAAGAGCAAGAGGCCAGAGGGGUGGUAUGUCUAACCGUGCUUCUGGGGGCCAAAGUUCUAGUGUUGGCUCACAAAUGAUGCAUGGAAACCAGGAGUCCUCUUCCUUUACGAGAUCUGCACCACAAGGAGUUAAAGGGAAUAGAGUUGGACGAGGAGGUAGGGGUAGACCAAUGGGCAGAGAUGGUCAACAGGUUGGGCUUCCAAUGCCAUUGAUGGGAUCGCCUUUCGGGCCACUUGGAAUGCCACCACCUGGACCGAUGCAAUCUAUAACUCCUAGCAUGUCACCAGCACCAGGUCCUCCAAUUUCUCCUGGUGUCUUUAUUCCACCAUUCCAGCCUCCAGUUGUUUGGUCUGGUCCUCGAGGUGUUGAAAUGAACAUGCUAGCUGUCCCACCUGUUCUCUCACCUGUUCCUCCAGGGCCCUCUGCGCCUAGGUUUCCCGCAAAUAUGGGGACUCCACCAAAUCCACCUAUGUAUUUCAGCCAACCUGGUCCUAUAAGAGGAGCACCACCAAAUAUACCUGCACCAAACUUUAACCCUAUUGCACCUAUGGGGCGUGGACAAUCACAGGAAAAAUCCCCUGGAGGUUGGGUUCCUCCUAGAACUAAUGGACCCCCUGGCAAAGCUCCUUCGAGAGGAGAGCAGAAUGAUUACUCCCAAAACUUUGUCGACACUGGUAUGCGUCCACAGAACUUUAUCAGGGAGUUAGAGCUCACUAGUGUUGUGGAGGACUAUCCAAAACUUCGGGAGCUUAUACAAAAGAAGGAUGAGAUUGUUGCCAAAUCGAAUUCCCCACCUCUUUAUCUGAAGUGCGACCUGCAUGAACAGGUGCUUUCUCCAGAGCUCCUCGGUACAAAGUUUGAUGUCAUUCUUGUGGACCCUCCUUGGGAGGAAUAUGUACAUCGAGCUCCUGGUGUUACUGAUCAUAUGGAAUAUUGGACAUUUGAAGAAAUAAUGAAUUUGAAAAUUGAGGCAAUAGCAGAUACACCUUCUUUUAUUUUUCUUUGGGUUGGUGAUGGUGUUGGGCUUGAGCAAGGUCGACAGUGUUUGAAGAAGUGGGGAUUUAGAAGGUGUGAAGAUAUAUGUUGGGUGAAGACAAACAAAACAAAUGCAACUCCUGGACUGCGCCAUGAUUCGCAUACUUUAUUCCAGCGCUCAAAGGAACAUUGCUUAAUGGGCAUAAAAGGGACCGUACGUCGCAGUACUGAUGGUCAUAUAAUCCAUGCCAACAUUGACACUGACGUAAUAAUUGCUGAGGAGCCUCCUUAUGGAUCUACUGCAAAACCUGAAGACAUGUAUAGGAUAAUUGAACAUUUUGCUCUUGGCCGGAGAAGACUUGAGCUCUUCGGGGAAGAUCAUAAUAUCAGGGCUGGCUGGUUAACUGUUGGUAAAGGAUUAUCCUCAUCAAACUUCAAUGCCGAGGCAUAUUGUAGGAGUUUUGCUGACAAGGAUGGGAAAGUUUGGCUGGGUGGGGGAGGAAGAAACCCUCCUCCAGAGGCUCCGCACCUCGUUCAGACAACUCCUGAGAUAGAAGCAUUGCGUCCAAAGUCGCCAAUGAAGAAUCAGCAGCAACUGCAGCAGCAAUCUUCAUCAAUCUCUCUGACAACAGGCAAUUCCUCGAACAAGAGGCCCGCUGGAAAUUCCCCACAAAAUCAUAAUGCACAGAAUAUGAACCAAGAAGCUUCUAGCUCCAAUAUCUCGACCCCAGCUCCCUGGGGUUCACCAAUGGAGGGCUUUAAAGGAAGAGAGGGUGGACUUAUGGCCCCCGAUGAUAGAAUAUUCGAUAUGUAUGGGUAUAAUGCAUCAUUUGGUCAGAGUAAUGCAGAGUUUUUAGACUACGAGUCGCAAAGAUCAAUGAAUUUGUUGUAGUAAAACGCAUUGUACCAAUUAAUUUUUCAUUUCUUGUAUUUUUUGUAUUCCACUCCAUAAAAGGCAUGAAAAUUGCCCCAUCCCUCGUCUUUCCUCUGCAACUCUCUUCCUUCAAAAUUGGGUGUGGCGGCCAUUGGUUUUAGCACCAAAACCUUGUAAAGAUAAUCUGUAAUCAUUCUCCAUUAGGAACUAUAAAGCAAACUUUUGUUCGUUGUGAGCGGUUUACCUGCGUUUACUCGAUUCUGCACCAGUAAGUUGUAGUCACACACACUGGCAUUAACUAAACCAUGAACCGCAAUGGCAUGAUUAAACAAUUUAUAUGGUUCUUCUUUUUCUUGAUUCGAUUCAUCAUUGACUGCAAAAUAAAUGAAUGAUAGGGGCAUUAGUCAGUGGCCACACUUUAUAGCGAUAUUAAGAGUUAAUCAUAGGGACAUUGGGCGCUUGAUCGUGAGGUUAUAUUGGUUCAAAUCUUGAACAAAAGGAAAAGGGGAAAGUCUGGGUACAAACUUUCUGUUAAAGAUGACAAACAGCCCUCUCUUAAAGAAAUCGAAUUGACGCCCGGGCGGCUACGAGCGACAAUUAAUUAACCUAAACUUGGAGGAGAAGUCAGAUUCUGGAACUUUGCUUUGGUUUUCUUAGUAAAGUUGGGAAUCGAACUUGGAAACCAACAGAAAGUCGCCCAGAGAAAGAAAAUGGCGGCUCGCCGAGUCCUGUCGCUUCUUCUCUCCAAACAACCUCGUACCUCCUCCUCCUCUCUUAAAGAAUCCUUCUCCCAAGUUAUCCCUGCAGCAAAUUCGUUCUUCCAAAGAGAUGGACUGCGCGAAAGGGGACUUCGGACAAUUGUAGAAGACCACAAUCGAUCUGUUGAAGACAGUUUAGCUAAAGAGAGCUGCAACUUGAACUCAGAUUCCAGCUCCAGUGAUGCCAUUUCAAGUCCUGUAUCCAAUGAAGACUCCAUAAGACACAGGGUGACGUCGAGCCUGAAAAUCUCCGAAACACAUGAUCUUGCAAUGAUUUUCACAUGCAAAGUUUGUGAUACCAGAUCGGUAAAGACAUGUUCUCGUGCCUCUUAUGAAAAAGGUGUUGUGUUGGCGAGAUGUGGUGGCUGUAAUAAUGUACACCUGAUUGCUGAUCGGCUGGGCUGGUUUGGAGAACCUGGGAGCAUAGAGGAAUUCCUAGCUGCUCGAGGCGAGGAAGUGAAAAAAGGGUCUGCUGAUACCUUAAAUCUGACACUUGAAGAUAUGGCUGGAAAGGAGAAACUUGAUGUCUGAAGGAGUUUCAUAGUUUGCAUGUCGGGAUUAUGACAGUAAAGAUAUCUUUUCGAAACAGAUAGGCAAUAGAGAUGCAGAUGUUAACACCAUAGUGUUGAAGUUUUCUUCUUGAGAACUGUCUAAUUGACAGAUUACUAGAGAUUAUUUGCAACCGUGUCCUAAUAGAUGUAUUCCCGUUA